AUGAGACUGACUUUGUCCUCUAUCUAUUUCUUUUGGGGAUUGUUGUUCUUCUCAGUCCAAUAUGCAUCCUCUGUCAACAAAUGUGUUGUGAGACAUGAAGUAGCUGACUGUAGUCAUUUGAAGUUGACUCAAAUACCCGAUGACCUCCCAACAAAUAUAACUGUGUUGAAUCUUACACACAACCAACUCCGAAGACUGCCACCUGACAAUUUUACAAGAUAUAGUCAACUCAUGGUCUUGGAUGGAGGAUAUAACACCAUCUCAAAACUCGAUCCAAAGUUGUGUGAAGUGCUUCCUUUGUUGAGGAUGUUGAACCUCCAACACAACCAGCUAUAUCAACUUUCUGAUAAAACAUUUUUCUCCUGCAUGAGUUUGGUUGAACUCUAUCUCAUGUCCAACACAAUUCAGAAAAUUCAAACCAAUCCCUUUAAAAACCUAAAGAAUUUAGUAAAAUUAGAUCUAUCUCGAAAUGGCUUGUCAUCUACUAAGUUAGGAACUCAGAUACAAUUAGAAAAUCUACAAGAGCUUCGAUUGUCAAAUAACAAAAUUCACUCAUUAAGUCAUGAAGAGCUUUAUUUCCUUGGCAAUUCUUCUUUGGAAAAAUUAGAACUGUCAUCUAAUCAAAUUAAAGAGUUCUCUCCAGGGUGUUUUAAUGCAAUUGGAAAAUUAUUUGGCCUCUCUCUGAACAAUGUCCAACUGGGUCCAAGGCUCACAGAGAAUCUUUGUUUGGAAUUAUCAAACACAAGCAUCCAGAAUCUCUCAUUGAGCAAUGUCCAGCUGGACAGCAUAAGCAAUCUGACAUUCCUUGGACUAAAGCAAACAAAUCUUACCAUACUUGAUCUUUCUCACAACUCCUUAAAUGUGAUUGGUAACAACUCCUUCACUUGGCUUCCACAUCUAGAGUAUGUCUUCUUGGAAUAUAACAAUAUACAGCAUUUAUAUUCUCACUCCUUUUAUGGACUUCUUAAUGUGAGACACAUGAACUUGAGACACGCUUUUACUAAACAAAGUUUUCUUCUUGCUUCACUCCCCAAGAUCGAUGAUUUUUCCUUUCAGUGGCUAAAACGUUUGGAGUAUCUUGACAUGGCAGAUAACAACUUCCCAAACAUAAAAAGCAAUAUGUUCACAGGAUUGACAGAGCUGAAAUACUUAAAUCUAGCCAAUUCCUUUGCAAGUUUGAGAGUUUUAACAAAUGAAACAUUUUUAUCACUCACUCAUUCUCCUUUGCUCCUACUCAACCUAACCAGAAAUAAGAUCUCCAGAAUAGAGAGUGGUGCCUUUUCUUGGUUGAGCCAGCUAAAGAUUCUUGACCUUGGCCUUAAUGAAAUUGAACAGAAACUCACAGGCCAGGAGUGGAGAGGUCUGGAAAAUAUUAUUGAAAUAUACCUUUCCUACAACAAAGGCUUACAACUGACCGAAAACUCUUUUGCUUUGGUUCCAAGCCUUCAACGAUUGAUGCUCCGAAGGGUAGCCCUUAAAAAUGUGGAUAACUCCCCUUCCCCCUUCCACCCUCUUCAUAACUUGGUCAUUCUGGAUUUAAGCAACAACAAUAUAGCUAACAUAAAGGAAGAACUUUUGGAUGGCCUUGAGAAAUUGGAAAUUCUGAAUUUACAACAUAACAACUUGGCACGGCUCUGGAAACAUGCAAACCCUGGUGGUCCUGUUUAUUUUCUAAAGGGUCUUUCUCACCUCCAUGUCCUUAACUUAGAGUCUAACGGCUUUGAUGAAAUUCCUACAGAGAUGUUCAAGGACCUAUUUGAAUUAAAGACCAUCCACUUGGGGUUGAAUAAUUUAAACACACUUCCACCAUCUGUUUUUGAUAGCCAGGUGUCUUUAAAAUCAUUAAGCCUUCAGAAGAAUCUCAUAACAUCAGUUGAGAAGGAUGUUUUUGGGCCACCUUUCAAGAACCUGAGCAACUUAGACAUGAGCUUUAACCCUUUUGAUUGUACUUGUGAAAGUAUUGCCUGGUUUGUUAGUUGGAUGAAUGAUACCCAUACCAAUAUCUCUGAGCUAUCAAGUCAUUACCUGUGCAACACCCCACCUCCAUAUCAUGGUUUCUCAGUGGAGCUUUUUGACACAUCACCUUGUAAAGACAGCGCCCCCUUUGAACUCCUUUUCAUGAUCAAUACAAGUAUCUUAUUGAUUUUUAUUUUCAUUGUACUAUUAAUCCAUUUUGAAGGCUGGAGAAUAUCUUUUUAUUGGGCUGUUUUGGUACAUCGAGUUCUGGGUUUCAAAGAAAUAGAAAAACAGCCUGAACAGUUUGAUUAUGCAGCAUACAUAGUUCAUGCUCGAAGAGAUCGGUAUUGGGUCUGGAAACACUUCUCCUCAAUGGAAGAAAAAGAUCAAACUCUCAAAUUUUGUCUGGAAGAAAGGGACUUUGAGGCAGGUGUCCUUGAACUUGAGGCAAUUGUGAAUAGCAUCAAACGAAGCAGAAAAAUUAUUUUUGUUAUAACACACCAUCUACUAAAAGAUCCAUUAUGCAAAAGAUUCAAGGUACAUCAUGCAGUUCAGCAAGCUAUUGAACAAAAUCUGGAUUCCAUUAUAUUGAUCUUUCUUGAGGAGAUUCCAGAUUAUAAACUGAACCAUGCACUUUGUUUGAGAAGAGGAAUGUUUAAAUCUUACUGCAUCUUGAACUGGCCAGUUCGGAAAGAACAGAUAAAUGCCUUUCAUCAUAAAUUGCAAGUAGCACUUGGAUCCAGAAAUUCAAGACAAUGAGUUUAUUUAAAAAGUAAAUUAACAAAGAUAUAAUUUCCCUGUUUUAACUAGAAGAGUUCUUUGAGAAGUCUAAGUUUUGUUUGAAAAUGGUGUAAAUCUGAUUCAUAUUUAUUUGAAUAUGAUAUCAUAUCUUAUGGGGUAUGUCUCAUCCCAAGUUUAUUACUACUCAUUUACUUAGUUUGACCAAAACAGAAAUUUCCUCCAUUAAUAAAUUCCCAGGACUGGAGAGAUAGCACAGCGGGUAGGGCAAUUGCUUUGCAUGUGGCUGACCCAGAUUUAAUUCCUCCAUUCCUCUCGGAGAGCCCGGCAAACUACCAAGAGCAUCCCACCUGCACUGCAGAGCCUGGAAAGCUACCUAUGGUGUAUUCCAUAUGCCAAAAACAGUAACAAGUCUCACAGUGGAGACAAUACUGGUGCCUGCUCGAGCAAAUCAAUGAACAAUGGAACAACUGAGCUACAGUGCUACAGUAAAUUGACAAUUGAUUAUUGAAUUUUAUGGGAAUUUUAGAGUUAAAACAUAUUUCUCAUUUCAAUAAAACCUAAAGUUGUGAGGAGUUUGUGAUAUUAAAAAUACUCAGAAUAAAAGAUUAUUGUUUUUAAUGGGAACAGUGCUACUUCAGUGGUAAAUAAUAAAACAUAGGGUCAGUGUGACCGCUCGGUGGGACAGAGUGCAUGCUUUACACUCUGGAUCCCAAGGCUUUAUCUCCAACACCGUAUAGUAUCCCCGAGCACCAUUAGGAGCAGACCUGAGCUCCAAGCUGUUAAAAGGUCAAGAGACUGAUUGGGUAUUACACCCUCAAAAUGAAUGAAUAUACCAUAUUCUUAAAAACUUAAUUACUGCAUUUUUCCAUUGUAAAUCUUUGUAUUUUAUUUUUUAAUUAACUUUUUUAUGUUUAUGGCUAAAUGAAAAAUCAUUUGUAGUUCAUUUUGAUUAUGUUGUAAAAUAAUUUAUUUAAUAAAUGCUGAUAUUUGGAUAUCUGAGGUGGGAAGCAGAUACGGCAUUUUCCUUGCAUGCAGCCAACCCGGGUUCGGUUCCUCCGCCCCUCUCAGAAAGGCCAAUAAACUUCCAAGAGUAUCUCGCCCGCAUGGCAGAGCCUGGCAAGCUACCCAUGGUGUAUUCGAUAUGCCAAAAAACAGUAACAACCAGUCUCAUAAUGGAGGCAUUACUUGUGCCCGCUCAAGCAAAUCGAUGAGCAACAGGAUGACAGUGACAGUGACAGUGACUUAAAAGUAUUAUGGAAAAACUAGCUUCCUGAGGGUUAAUUAGUAGAUUGACUUUAUGGAAACAAAAAAGUAACUUCCCUGGUCACAGACUCAGGAGAUGGCCCUGGCCAAAUCACUUGGUCCCACUGGGAUUCUUCAACUCCUGAUCUUGGAAAUUAUAAUGAGAAACAAAUCUGAAAUAUCCCCAAGUAGCUAGUGACAAUGAUAACUCAAUUGGGCCAUAAUAUUUUAUCAUUAUAUAACAAUCUAUGUAUAAAUCAGUUCUUUGUUAUAUAUAAUUCUAUGUGUAAGAUAGUUCUAGAGAAACUUUACAUGUAAAUUAAUUCUAGAAAGACUUGUUUCUAUUUUACAAUGAAAAGUGCUUAAUUAUUGCCACACUCAUAAUUCUAUAUGCAAAUUAUUAGUUUGAGGAUAUCUGUUUGAGUUAAUUAUAGAAUAAGUUGAAUAUGUUAAUGGCUUUUGAAUACCUUCACUUAAAAGUGAAGGAAGUUGAAAUUGCAUCGUUGAAUAAGUAUAUAUACUUGAAGCUCUUGUUUGCUGUAUAUAGGGAAAAGAUAGAUUUUGGAAGUUAUAUUCAAUAGUUGAGUAUUCUGAGGAUUAAGUUGACAUAGUACUAAAAAAGAGCAAUAUCCACUUUUCCUUCUGAUUUUGAAAAAGUCUUUAGUCCCCCCAAACUGCAAAUUAUGACAGACUCAUUUUCACUCUUACUCUCCAUGUUUGAGAUGCUUAUUUUACAAAGUUUCUGUCAGCAUUUGUUUUCAAACUGAUAUGUCCUGUU